UUUCCUCUGUGGUUAUACAGCUGCUGGUGGCUUUGACCUGUGGCCGACCUGCAGAAGUACACGUGAGAACAGUCAUUAUUAAACGUGCACACAUGAGAGUGUAACUGUACACAUUGUGCAUCAUGAGUUGAUCCCCUUAUGCUUACUUACUAACUCUUUACUUUCCCUUACUACUUAUUGUCUUGUAUUGUGUUUAUGUUUGCAGCACCAUACACCAAAACCAAAUCCUUGUCUAGGUAAACAGACCAGUCAAUAAACUAGGUUCUGAUUCAUAUGGGAGAGGAUUAGGGCCACAUGAGAACAUUUGGGGGAUGAAUUCUGACUUUUUAAUUUUUUUUUACUAAUGGUAGCAUCCCAACAUCUUUCUCAUGUGGCUCUAAUCCUCUUCUGUAGAUUCAUUAUAGGCUACAAGUAAAAGUUGACUUAUAGUUUCAGCUUUCAGAUCAAGAAGUCAGAAAAGAGUCUAACUGCUCCUUUAAGGUCCUACAAAAUGUCCUUUUUGUCCAUGUAAACUCCUCCCUCCUUCUUCUUUGUGCCACGGAUGGGAUCAACCUGUUGUUCCUGAUCCAGGAUCAGUUCACCCAGCCUGUCGGGCAUGAGCGGCUACGGGAUCGCGCUUUGCUAAACUGAUCCAGGGUCAGCGCGUCCCCGCCGCCCGUUCACUGUUCUCCGGCCGCCGCGCACUCUUUUCCCCCUUCACUCCUCUCUCUCCAGGAAGGUUUCCCACGCCUCCGUACUGCAGGCUUAUUUGUGAAGAAGUACAGAAACCAUCGACUUAGAAUCGGGAGGAUUUUAAAAGCUAAUUGGACUCAAGAUGUUGGAAUUAAAUCAAAACAGGGAUCUAUUUUUUUUUGGAGUAAACUGACACACGCAAACUUUUUUCACUUCGAACGAAGUGCGCCGCGGUCGGGUUGAUAAUGCCAGCCGUCCUGGGAGGAUUUUAAUUAUUAUUUACUAUUUUUAAAGCAUUUUAGAGCCUUUCCUGUCAGCGCCCCUCUGUUUAUGGACUAUUUUUUAAAAAUUUUAACCAUUUUGGUGGCUUUCCCUUCAAUCCCGUUUUUGUUUAUGGACUCUUUUCUCGGUUGGAAAACAAGGACUUCCACACCUCAGGAAUUUAACAAGGGAAACACCGAGGCGUCAGUGAACGCCGCUUGUAGCACUGCUUAGCAUGUUAGCAUACGAGCUUAGCACGUUAGCUUGUUUUUAAAGCUAGUUUUGUUGUGAGGAUUUCCACACCUCAGGAAUUUAACAGGAGAAGAUCCGAGGCGUCAGUGAACGCCGCAUGUAGCAUUGAUUAGCAUUAUAGCUUAGCAUGUUUUUUUGUCACAAUAACACUAAAGUAAGCUGCCUGAAAUAGGUGUAACGUGACCCGGAUGUUCUGUUAAAGUUCCUCAAGUGUUAUACGUGUUUAUUUAUUUCCAAAUUAAGUGUAAAGUCCGUGUUAGUGGACAGUUAGAUGUUAGCAUGUUAGCAGCUAAUGUUAACAUGUUAGCUUCAGACGGAGAUCUGGGAGCCAACGAUGAGCUGAUUGCGUUCAAAGACGAAGGAGAACAGGAGGAAAAGAGAAAUGUUUCCUCAGAGAGAGACCUGGACGAUAUGAAGAGUUCUCUGGUCAACGAGUCCGAGUCCAGCUCCGACUCUGAGGCUGACAGACGUCCCAGAACCAAUCCUGAUCUGCAGAGCCGGGCCAGACACAAUCACCUGUUCGAAGAAGCUCUGAGGAGGCAGCAGGACGGAGGUCUGUUCACGGCGUCUCCGUACGUCGGCUAUCCCUUCUUCAUGAUCCCCGACCUCGGUAACCUCUGCAACCCCUACCUCGCUAACAUGCCCCCCAGUGCUAGGACGUACCUGCCCUUUCAGUGGCCUCUGCUGGACGUCCCAGGUAGAUCCAUGAGAGACUCUGCUACCCCUACACACCUGUCUAACAACGUUCCGGUGGUGCAGCACCCCCACAUGACACACCUCCAUCCGCUGCUGUCCUACAGCCCGGAGGCCUUCUCCCCCCAGAGAGCCUCCCCCGGAUUCUCCCCUGACGCAGGCAUGUCGAGGACUCCCUGCUACCCCGUCUCUCCUGGAGGAAUGGCUCAGAUCCCUCACCCUCUGGGGUGGCUGCAGGGGCAGACCAUGUAUCCCAUCGCAGGAGGAUUCUCUCCUGCAGCGCUGGCCAUGAACGCCUCCAUGUCCGGCCUGGUGUCCGGUAACUUCUCUCCACGCCUGGUGGCCCCCCCUCAGUCCUCUAUCCCCCACCCAGCCAUCAUGCACACCGGGGUGAAGCAGGAGCCCGGAGGCAGCAGCAGCCAGCCGGGGAGGUCGGGUCCUGACGUUCCCCCGGAGAAAGAGGAGGAGAAAAGGCCUCACAUCAAGAAGCCUCUGAACGCCUUCAUGCUGUACAUGAGGGAGGAGAGGCCCAAAGUGGUGGCUCAGUGCAAAGUGAAGGAGAGCGCCACCAUCAACCAGAUCCUGGGACAGAGGUGGCAUUCGCUGACCAAAGAGGAACAGGCCAAAUAUUACGAGAUGGCUCGUAAAGAGAGACUGCUGCACUCAAAGCUCUACCCGGGCUGGUCAGCAAGAGACAACUACGGUAAAAAGAAGAAGAGGAAGAGAGCGAAGAGUGAAUCUCAGUUUGACGACCCGGAGGAGGACCCCCCCCUGCAGCUGAAGAGACCCCGAGCGCCUCACGAGGAUCUGCCUCACCCACACACCCUGCUCACACACACCUCUCACACACACCCCCGCCCUCCCCUCACACAGCCGGCGUCCCACCUGACGCACACUCACCUGUCGCAGGCAAGCCCCGCGUCCUCGCUAGACUCCCCGGCCACGCCCACCACCUCCCUCGCUUCCCCCGCCGCCCCUGCCCCCACACACACCGAGCACACACACUCCUCUCACACACACUCCUACACACACUCCUGCAGCACGUCGCCAUACGCCGAGCAGCUGCAGCCGCUGUCACUCACCACCAGACCCCCCAGGCCCCGCCUCCUACCUCCACCGACCAAUCAGAUGCGAGCUUCGCCCUCAGGACAACCAAUCAGCUGCGAGGAGCCGAGAAUCAAAUAAGAAUCCUAAAACAGACACUUUUCUUUUUAUACCGAUGUACAUACGUCUCUUUUUUUUACCUUUUUAUCACCUUUUGUAUUAGUAUGAAAAUAAUUGGUCAAUAUUUGACCGCAUCUCUUUUUGUCACUAUUUUCUCAAAGCGAUUGUAGUUGAAGCGAGGUGUCGCUCCGGGGUUUGUUUGUUUAAAAAUGAGUUUUUCACCUGGUAGUAAACGAGUGUAAAUCUGUUCUCUGGUUCCCAUGUCAAUAAAUAUUCACUGAGUUCA